AUGUCCGACACUGAAGGGUCCAAUACUGGAUCCGAGUUUGACGUAUCAGAUUUUGAGUACGAUGACUCCGAUGGCGAAUACUACCAAGGAGAUAAUGAAAACUUCGAGGCUAUACAAUCAUAUUCCAAAAGUUUGAAGGAAUCUGGCUGCAAGCAAUGGCGUUUGGCAGAAUUCAUCCAAGAGAACUUUGUCGAUCGCGUGGAUAAACUUCACAUACCGUCUUCCAAAGCCUCUAAAGAAGAGUUGUUGAUCUUGUUACAUCACUGCAAUUGGGACGAAGAGCGUUUGAUUAACUUGUAUUAUGAUGGUGCAGAUGAAUUGAAGGAGAAUGCUGGUUUACUGAGAUCCCCGAUCCCAGGGUUCCAAGUACGUGAUGACUUUGAAUGCAGCAUAUGUUGUAAUCUGGAGCCUUCUACAAAGGUUUUCUCUCUUUCGUGUCAUCAUGAAUUCUGUCUCUCAUGUUAUUACAAUUAUGUUAAAGAAGAACUUCCCAAAGGGAAGCUAAUUAGGUGCAUGAUUCCUGAUUGCAACUUGUCGAUUCCUCAUGCUUUGGUACACCAGAUUUGCAAACUAAAUAACAAUUCAGAAUCUGUGGCCAUGGAUAAUUUGGUUGAUAAUGAACUCUUAUACUAUUCGGCAAAUCUGUAUGUAAUACGACAUCAUGAUACAUUCCGAUGGUGUCCUGCUAUUGAUUGUCAGAAUUUAGUUCAGAUGGAUUUAACUGCCAGGUUAGCGGAACUUGACUUAGAUGCCAUUGAUCCUUUUGAUAAGAAUUACCGAGGAUCUGAUUCUGAGGUCAAGAUAGUGACUUGUUCUGAUGGCCACGAGUUCUGUUUCUCUUGUAAGUUUGAGAAUCAUCUUCCAUGUAGCUGUUCAAUUGUCCGAGCCUGGGAUAGGAAAGUGACUGACGAUUCUGAAACGUACUCAUGGCUAGAGGUCAAUACGAAGGGAUGUCCAGAAUGUGGUACCAAUAUAGAGAAAAAUGGAGGGUGCAAUCAUAUGAAAUGUUUUAAAUGUGCUUAUGAAUUCUGCUGGAUUUGUCUAGGUACUUGGGAAGAACACAAAGGUUUCUACAAUUGUAACAGAUACGUUGCUCCAUUGCCACAAGAGGAGAAAGAAAUGAAGAAGAAAAGGCGGUAUUUGGACAGGUAUAUGCAUUUCUAUUCAAGGUUUAUGGAACAUCAAAGUUCUAUGGCCUGGGAUUUGAAAACUUUAAAGUCGAUUAAAAAAACCACUGAGGAAUAUAUGCAUGAAAAGGCCACAGAUAGCACUAAAACUAUUAGUUAUAAUGAAAUUGACUAUCUUCAGGAAUCUUUUAAACUGUUGGUUAGAGGAAGAAAAACCCUUAAAUGGACCUAUGUAUUUGCAUACUAUUUGACCAAGUCUAACUUUAGGUCGAUUUUCGAACAGAAUCAAGACUUUUUGAAUGCUCUGGUAGAGCAGUUAUCCGAACUAUUUGAGAAAAUUCAAACUAGUCAAGAUAAUAUGAAAUUAGUAGUGCAACUCAGAACUGAUCUUGUUAAUGUGUCUAAAUCAGUUACUAAUCGGAGGUUGAAGUUGAUAGAAGCUGCUCGUGAAUUUCUCCAAAGGGGCUUAAUUACAUUUGAUGAAGGCUUCUGA